GUGUGUGUGUGUGUGUGUGUGAGUCUAGACUCCGAAGGACCCGGAUGUGAUUCCGCCGAGCAAUGGCGGCUGAGCGGAUCCGGGCUGCCUCCCACAUGUAAACAACACAUUAAGCGCUCUCCUUUGUUUAAGAAAAGCAAAAGCAGUCGUGAUCGGGAGCAUGAGAUUAUCGCACGAGGGUCGACUCAUCUGAGCACCGAAAUGUCGAUGGAAGAUCCGUUUUUCGUGGUGAAAGGAGAGGUGCAGAAGGCUGUGAACACAGCUCAGGGGCUUCAUCAGAGAUGGAUGGAGCUGCUACAGGACUCGGGUGGAGCCAGUAAGGAGGAGGUGGACUGGACCACCAAUGAGCUGAGGAACAGUUUGAGGUCCAUUGAAUGGGACUUGGAGGACUUGGAUGAGACUAUCAGUAUUGUGGAGGCUAAUCCAAAGAAGUUCAAUCUCGAUGCGAUGGAGCUGGCCAAGAGGAAAGCCUUCAUCACUAGCACAAGGCAAACAGUCAGGGAGAUGAAAGAUCACAUGGCUAGUCCGAUGGCAAUUACGGUGUCAGAGAGGAAAAAUCGACAGACUUUAAUGGGUGAUGGUGGGUCUCGUGGCCCAAUUUGGCAACCAAAUGCAGACAAGUACACCAGACUGGACCAGGAGCUGCAGACGGCAAACUCGCAGUUCAUAGAGGAACAACAGACCCAGCAACAGCUCAUAGCAGAACAGCAGGAUGAACAGCUGGAGUUGGUGUCGGGAACGAUCGGUGUCUUGAAGAACAUGUCUCAAAGGAUCGGCCAGGAGCUGGAUGAACAAGCUGUAAUGCUGGAUGACUUUUCACAUGAGAUGGACAGCACUCAGUCCAGACUGGAUAACGUCAUGAAGAAGCUGGCUAAAGUUUCUCACAUGACCAGCGAUCGGCGGCAGUGGUGCGCUAUCGGCAUUCUCCUGGCCAUCCUGUUUGUGGUGAUCAUCCUCUUCAUUGUUCUGUGAACAGCGCUCGGGACACAAGCAAACCCUCUCUCCAUCUCUAGCCCGUCAUACAGUAGAUCGCUGCUUCUUUGUACCUUCUUGCUUUCUUAUAAACAGCCCAGACUGAAAUCAAACGGGCGACAUGGCGUGUAAAAACAAGGGCUGUUUUUUUCGCGAGCGCAGAAAUGCUGUCUGAAUCAUUUCGAGCUGUUUCGUAAUCCAGGGUAAAUCGUUUCUCUCGAACGGACCACGACUUUUAACACUUAAAGGGAUAGUUCGGCCAAAAAAGGAAAUUGCCCGAGGUUUUACUCGCCCUCAGGCGUUUUUAGGUGUAGAUGGCUUUUGAACGAAUACAGUGUUAUAUUAAAAAAAAAACGUCCUGGCUCUUCCAAGCUUUAUAAUGGGUUUUAAUAAGACUUAAGACGCCAGAAAAGUGCAUCUAAAAGCAUACAGACCUUCUGAAGCGAAUUGAUUUUAAACAUAGAGAUUUCUUUCUCACACAAACCCAACAGAAGGCCUUUAUCAACCCCUCCCGGAGGCUUUUUAUGACGGAUGGAUGCACUUUUUCCAAAAUCUCAGCACCCAUUCACUUGCGUUGAAAAGUUUGGGAGAGCCAGAACUUUAAUAUAUGGGCUGAGGGUGAGUAAAACGUGGGGCGUUUGUCCUUUUUAGGUAAACUAUCCCUUUAAACGGCUAAAAGAAUCAAGUGCUACUGUAAAAUAUUGCGUCAUUUCCUGUGCAAUGCUUUAAUAGUCGCUUUAGACCACUGUAAAUAAUCAACACUAACUACUAAUUUACUAAACACUGGAGUCUAACAAACCAGAUACUGUUUAAGCGGGUAUGUUACUGAUCAUACUAAUGCAAAUGAGUCGUUUUACUGUCUGUCUUGUUCAUUUCUGUGUGCUUUGUUUACUUUUUUAAAAAUCGAUAAUCGGUUAGCAGCGCGGUUUGUUUCUUUGAACGGGAACGUUAAUGUUUCGAACACUCCGGAUAACCGCCUGAAAGCCUUGAAAUGAUAGGCUAACAAUUAACAAAAAGUUACUUUAGUAAGCAUUAAAUGGGAAUUGCGUGACAAUUGGUUAUUGAUCUGUAGAAAGUCUGAACGCGUUUCGGACCGAACAUAUUUUAGUAUUAAAGCUGCGUUCGAGAACGAAAUGGUUAAACGUAAAAAAUCAGCUGAAAAUGUGCUCGCCGUCGAAGACGUAGAUGAGUCUGUUUGUUCAUCAGGACAGAUUUGGAGAAAUGUAGCAUUGCAGCGCUUGCUCGCCAGUGGAUCCAUUGAAGUGAAUGGGUGCCGUCAGAACGAGAGUCCGAACGGCUGAUGAAAAGGCUUUAACGGUCAGUACAUUUUCGGCUAAUUUUUGAGUGAACUAUUUCGUAGUUAUAGGUCACUGUUUAUAGCCAGGGCUUCAGCGCAGAUGAGGGAGAAGCUACGUUUCAUUUUAGAAAGCCAGACACCUGUGACAAAACGUUAGCUUGCGUUUCGCAUUCUUAGCUGCUCGGCGAGGACGUUCUUCCGGUAUUUACAGUAUAUAUUUUUUGUUUGCGCUAUAUAUUUCUACCGCUAACUCCAAUGGAAACGUAUGAAGCAGCAGUCAUUAUUUGUUGUCUUUCGACAGCGCAACACUACAUAUUCUGUGAAAAACAUGAGUACAUUUGUCUUAUUAUAUAUUCGCGUUGUUUUUGUUUCGUUUGUAUGCCGUUUUAAGAAUCUCUUGGGUAAAUCACACAAAAAAAUCGUUUUAUUUCACCCCGAAAUCAGAAAAUGUUGUAAGAAAAUGCCUUUUUACGUGGAUUAUUAUAGGCUACAACAUUAUGUACCUGCCAGUUAAGCAUUACUGUAAUAUGAAAAAUCAUAACAAAUGCAAUUUAGUUUUAAUUUUAAAGUUCAAUUUGAUACGUUGAACGUUGCUGCGGUUGUCAAACGAUUAUUCGCAGCCAAAAUAAAUGUUUCUGGCGUAUUUACAUAUAUAUAUACGUAUUUACAUAUUUACAUAUGCAAUAUAUAUUUUAAAAAUGUGUACGUUUAUACACAAAUAUACUUCUAUCAUAGAUGCGAUUAAUCGUUAGCACUAAAAUGUCUUAAUUUUUCACAUUACAGUAAUGAGAAUUCCUUAAAAAAAAAAAAAUGUGACCAAUCAUGAAAAUUAUACAAAACAAAACCUUUGUGUGAUUUAUUCUAUGUUCCAGCUUUCUGUUUUCGAACAAUCUCCACUCGUUUUGUUUGGUUUUUUUAAAGCCUGAGGAGAAGUACGGGGAGUUUGCAGUGUUUUUAUUUCUCAGACAUUUCCGUCGGCCCACAUAAUAGUGUUCAGCUGAUUCUGACUGCCCUCGGUCACGUGACGCAGCAGGUCAGCUCUGAUUGGUUCGAAGCACGACUGAAUCGAUUAUGCAAUUUUACGAUACAAAUAAAAAUGAUACAAUUGCACAACUACGUCACUGUUGUUGAGCCUCGGUGACGGAGCGGAGAGAUCAAGGUAGUGAGCGGGCUCGUAAACGCUGUUCUUCCUGACUCGGUGAAUUUCAGUUGUACGUGUUCGUGUGUGUGAUGUGUGUUUGCUCCUGAAGAGAAUGAUAGAAAGGAUUGUUGUUUUAGCCCUCGUUGUUUCUCCUCUCCCAUGUACCCAGCACCCCUCAGUUUGUCACUGUGUGAAGCUCAGAGCCCCAUUAAAAACAAAUCAUUGAGGAAAAAAAAAGGGUGUCCGAUUGAAUUCCUGUUGAUGUGAGGAUAUGAAAGGAACGCAAAUACAAACGAAUAAUAAUCAAUAAAAAUAUAUAUGAAUUUAUUUACGUGAAAAGAUGUAAAAUAAAUUUUUGAUUUGUGUAA